CGCUCGCUUGAGCGACCCUAAAGGCACGCAGACGACUCUCGGUGUGCCAGUCAGCCGGUCCAUCAGUGAGUCCUCCGCCACCGGCUGCUGAGCGUCUCUCUGCCCACAUGCAAGGCACCGAGGUCCAGACUGGGAACCGAGGCUACGCUGGGAGUUUUUAUUGGGACUAAGAGGACAGCACCUGGAUUACAGAAGCACCUUUUGGAUUUUUGUUCUUGUUGAUUUAGUUUUUCUAAUUGAAAUCUGCUCCUGACAGACAUCCUGCCGUCAUGUCCCGGACGCCCGAGGUUGUGAGCAAGCUCACAGAAAGUACAUACAAGAAUGUGAUGGAGGAGUUCAACCCAGCUCUGAGGAACCUGGUCAACCUUGGGAAGAGCUAUGAGAAGUCUGUCUCAGCAAUGACUCUUGCUGGAAAAGCCUAUUUCACUGCUGUGUCAAAGAUAGGAGAGAACGCUAUUGUGUCUCCCAUCUCCAGGGAGCUCGGUGGUGUUUUGAUGGAGAUUGCAGAAAGCCACAGGAAGCUCCACAGUGAACUGGAGGACAAUUUCAAAAUAUUUCACAGAGAGAUUAUUGCUGAGCUGGAGAAGAAGACGGAUAUGGAUGUAAAGUACAUGACUGCUACCUUCAAGCGCUACCAAACAGAUUAUAAACUGAAGCAGGAGUCUCUGGACCGCUCCCAGACAGAUCUGAAGAAACUCCGGCGGAAAGGUCAUACAAAGCACUCAUCAAAGUACGACCUGAAGGAGAACGAGUAUUUGGAAACCAUGUCAUCCCGCCAGAUGGACAUGCAGAGGUUCAUCGCUGAAGGCUGCAGAGAGGCCUUGCUGGAGGAGAAGAGGCGCUUCUGGUUUCUGGCAGAAAAGCACUGCAUGUUCUCCUACCAACUCAGCAACUUCCACGAGAAAGCCAAAGACAUUCUGAGAUGCAGGCUACCCACCUGGCAGGAAAAAUGCAGAAACAUCGAGCAAGUCCCAGACACGGUUGCAACGAUUAUAGAGGGUUUGUCCACCAAUCCAGAGCAAUCGGCGCAGGUCGAACGUUUCAACAAGAACAACAUGGGGUCUUUGAUGCCUCCUCCUGCACCACCACUGAAGAUCAGUCCGUUGGCCAACAUGUUUAACCCUGAGCCCAGAACUUCACUGAGCACCUCUUCAGACCUCAGCUCAGACCAGGGCAGCCUAGAGGAGGGAAAUCUGUCCAGGUCCGCAUCUGUGUCAUCUGAUCUCAACGUUGGGAGGAAGUCCAGGGUUAAGACCAUCUUCCCCCACACGGCGGGCAACAACAACACUCUCCUCAGCUUCGAUCACGGCGAUAUCAUCACCCUGCUGAUCCAUGAGGAGAAGGAUGGGUGGCUGUAUGGAGAGCUGGAGAAGACACAGCAGCAUGGCUGGUUCCCCUCGUCAUACUGCCGGCCUCACACUGAACCAGUGAUAUUAAACAGCAAUCUGAGUACGCCGGUGAGGAGUCUGAGCGUGGCCAGUCUGCAGGAAGAGGACGAGGAAGCCCAAGACUAUGAGCCCGUUUUGCUGCCACCGCCAGACUACAGCGACGCAAGACCAUCUAAAGCAGCGGUCCCGUCAACGCCUUCAUCUAAGAACACGGUGUCUUUAGUUAAUGGGAUGGCGAAGGCUCCUUUCUUAGGAGGAGGAAACCCAUUCGCAACAGUGAAGCUGCGGCCGACCGUCACAAACGACCGGUCAGCACCAAUCAUCUAACAAAGAGCAAAAGGAGUUUGUUAUAUUGCCACAAUGCCUUCAGUGGAAUGGAAAGAUCUCCCUUAUAUCUCACCAGCCUUUCAGCACUACUCUGCUUCGUUGCUGUUAGAAAAUUACAGCUACGCCAUGCCUUAUAUUGGCCAUGAUAGGUUAACAUUGCACAACUAACGCCCCCUUCACACUGAAAUUAUGGUUGCUCUGCAGUCUCCAGGAUCUCCCAGCAUUUAGAUGAUUCACACAAUUUGGAGGUGUGUGUGUGUGUGUGUGUGUGUGUGUGUGUGUGUGUGUGUGUGUGCGCUCUCCUUUCACCAGCUACAACCUUUUUACCAGUCCCCUUAUGCAAGGGGUCUGAGCAUGCCCCUUGCAUAAGGGGAUGCUCUUACCCCCUCAUGGCUGGGUUUUUACUAUAGCUGCCUCAGAUUUUGUUGGUUGAACCCAGAACAUUAUACUCAUAGUUGUUGCAUUCUGGGAACUCUCAUGUUUCAUCACUGGCAAUUGAGAACUGCCUUUAUUCUAGGUUCACCUCAGAAGGCCUCUCCAAGACCCGGCAGACCGUUUAUAUUGUGCCUAGUCUUAGUCUGGUGUGAAGGCGGCCCAACAACAGUAGAACUAGAAAUUGCUUUAAGUAUCAAGAAAAUGUCCAGUACAUGCAUCCAACUUUGUUUUUGUUUACUGAAACUGACUCCAGAUUGGUUGGGGUUCCUGGAUCUCCACCAUAUGAUGAUCUAACCAAGAUGACAACCAUGUUGCAGUUCCAGUGCCUGCCUUGCAAUAACAUUUACUGCAUGCAUUUCAGUGACGGUGGGACGAUGAUGAGCAGAUCAUUGAACUGGGCGACAUGCAUGCAGCUUUUCUUGCAAAUUGGUCUCUUGCAAAUAGAUGUUUAGAGGCCCAAGAUCAGGACCUCUGAUACUUUCAAUAUUACAGUAGAAGGUACCAGUCCACAGAAAAAAAAGGUUCAGGACCACCUUAGCAAUUAAAUCAACGGGCAUGAUGGUCCUUCUACUUUUAAUCUGAACCAUUUCCACCUCACUCCCGAGCAUUUUGACCUCUAACCGCAAGAAGAAACAUUAUUUUGUUAUUAUCUGUCUUUUAGAGAUGUUUGGGUGAGUUUGCCUGCAUCUUGUUUGUAGAUGAAGACCUUCAGUACGAAGCCUUCCUGCCUUGUCCUGCAAGAUCAUCUAAAUGUAAUUAAAGGGAACUGAGCUUUUUUAAGCUCUUUUUUUCCAACAGAAAAUACAAAUAAUAAAGAGAUGUUGGUGUUUAAUCGAUGGCAGAGACUUCCUGACUUACCAAAAAUCCUCUCGUUAGAAAUAUUUGUGUCGAAGAUGUUCAGACGUGGUGAGAAUGAAGGGAGACAUGAUUUUGUAGCUUUGUGUGCAACUUUAAAGGCUUUUUAUAUAGAGUGUGUUUAUAUGGAAUAUUUAAAUAAACGUGAAUUCAGACGCCCACUGUUCAGCCUGAGUCAUGAAGCUCCUCCUGAUUUAGAUUUCAUUGCUGGGGUGUAAUUUAAAUGACUUUUUACAUUUAUUUUCCCUUAAUUUUACUGUCAUGUAAUAUAAUGUAUGUUGGAUGCACACUUCAUGCAAAUGAAAUGGGCUUUCCUGGUACACCAUUGAAAUGUAUGUGAAUAAUGUGCUUAUUGCAUUAAAAUGAUUUACAGCGAAGUUGCUCCACUGAAUCCAGUUGCAUCAUUAAAUCUGCUGAUAGAUGGA